AUGGACGCCAUCUUCAACCUCGAUGAAGCAUCACGAGCUGAAUUCCUGAAUUUACUCAUGCAAUCAACUUGCUGUUCUUACAUUUGCUUAUGGUCCUACUCUUUCUUGCAGCAAGCCAACUGUUUAAUCGGUUUGGAUGGGUGUUGUAGUGAAGAGAACAGCCAAGCUUUGGGGUUGUUUCUUGAAUAUAAGCAAUUAAUAUUUCGUCUCGAAAAUGAUAAUGGACUAGUUCCAGGUUUUGCUUUUAAGAAUAAUCAACCUUACAUUGAAUUAAGGGAAUUGGAGCUUCAAAACCGAGCAUUCCAUGAGACACAAAGGCAAUUUUAUCGGGUAGCGGGGAUUAAGACGGCAGUAUUCAUGGCAUGCAGAAGUGGAGAGAUUGAGUUAGGGUCGUCAAGUAUGGUACAACUUAACAUGGAGAUGGAGAUGAGAAGUUUCUUCUCAGAAGAUCAGCUUCCUCAAUCAACUAACCAGAAUAGGCCGUCUUCGUCUUCGUCGUCGUUAAGAUCGUUAUCGACGAGUAGUCCGGAUUCUUCUUUGAUCUUCACCGUCCCGACCACUCAUGAACCCGCACCCUCUUCCUUGCAACAAGCCGCAAUCACUCCCUCCUCGAUCAACGAUCCGCGUCGAGCCAUGCAAGCCUUUUCUCAAACGCGGAGCAACAUUCCGCUACCGACGUUGGAGAGCGAAAACGCCGCGAUGACGAGAGCGAUUCUCGCCGUUUUAACUUCUCCUUCUUCUUCUUCCUCCUCCUCGUCGACUCCCUUUCAUCGAAACCAAAGUUUACCUUACAAUAACUACCGGCUAAACCCUAAAGCUAGCGCGUUUAAGCGCUACGCGACUGGGUUAGGCGCUGGCCCGGCGACGACGCCGGCGAGGGCUAGUUUACGAGCUCAAGCUAUGAUGAAAAGGGCCAUUUUGUUUUAUCGAAAAUUCAAUUUAGCGAGGCGCGAACAACUACUGCGAAGCCGCCCCGGCCCCACUAGCAACCAGUUGCACCAUAUGAUGUCGGAACGGAAAAGAAGAGAAAAACUCAAUGAAAGUUUCGUGGCAUUACGAUCCCUUCUUCCUUCAGGCACUAAGAGAGACAAAGCAUCUGUGCUGACGACGGCGAGGGAAUACUUGGUUUCAUUGAAAGCUCAAAUUUUGGAACUCAAUCGGCAAAAACAGUUAUUAGAAGCCCAGAUUUUGCCGUCCAAAGGAGGAGCUGCUGCCAUAGAAGUUAAUGAUCCAUCAAACGAGAGAGUUAAUGUUCGGGUCAUACCCGUACCCGAAUCAACAUCCGAAGAAAGAAUCGCCGACCUGAGAGUUACCGUCAGAGGUGAACGGCCGAUCGUCGAUAUCUUAAUCCAUUUGCUUGAAUUCUUGAAGCUCGAUAGAAAUGUGAGCUUGAUGUCCAUUGAAGCUAACACCGGUGUAUCGGAAUUUGGCUCCGUUAAUCUUGUUAGCUUGAGACUCAGAAUCAAGGGCGAUGGAUGGGAUGAAUCCACCUUCCAGGAAGCAGUGAGAAGGCUAAUCACAGACUUGGCACAGUGAUUUAAUCACCGGUGGUCAAACUAAUUUUUUUCUGCGGUCAGCAGCUAUAAUUUGUUUUUCUUUAAUACUGUAAUUAUAUUCAUUGACAUUUAACCAUUAUAAUAUGUAAUUUUGAAUUUUGAUCGGCUUAUUCUAGUAAAUUUUUCUACUUCCUAUACUUUUUUUAUAUAA